GUUGCCAUAAUUUCGUUAACCAAAUCAGAAUCAAGUUGAAAAGCGUUCAUUAAACACCAACGAUUUCAAAUUUAAUAAAAAAUUCGAAUCCUUCAUCUGCUUACCCUAACAUCAUCAAUAUGAAGUUUGCUUUUGCUAUUGUCUUGUUGGCUCUUGCUGUUGGCGUGCAAUCAUCCGCAUACGGACCUGCUUUAGCUUGGGGUGGUCACUGGGGUGCCGGUUGGGCUGGUCCAUGGGCUGGAGCUUGGCAUGGCGCUCCUGCUGCUGUCGACGUUAGCGUUGGUGCUCCCUGGGGAUAUGGUGCUCACGGCGCUUGGGGAGGUUAUCCCGGUAUUGCAUUGAGUCAAGGUCCUGCCUAUGCUGGUGCUCAUGGUCACGGUGUUUAUGUAGCCAAAACCCGUGGUGCUGUUCAUACCGCCCCUCUUGCUGGUCAUUUGAAUUCUGCAACUGCUGUAAACGUAGCACCCGCACCUGGCACUCAUUAAGUUGACUACGCUUUGCUGCUUCAACUACACUGUGAUCAUUGCUUCGGAAACAAGCGCGUAAAAACUGCACAAUUCUUACAACUCACUUCUAUUAUCUAUCUUUUUUUCCUUAAAAGGAGAGGUCCUUUUAAAUACUGUCACUUUAGAUUUUCUUUUUUAUGGCACACACACUCAUUUUAUAAACAUCUCAGUUUAGUCUUUGGCCAGGGUACCAAUUAGAACAAGUGUCCUGUUUAGAUAUGAGAUCCACCAACAAACAUCACAAGAAGAGUAUAAAUUUUUUUUCUGCAACAACAACAACAACAACAACGACACCAUCAACAAUAUCA